AGCUCUUCCCACAAGCGUCCUUUCCAGAGCUGUCUGAUGCCUUUCAGAAGCAGCCACAUUCCGUCAGAGCAUCUUGAGGACAGCCAGCUGCUGUAGUUCCCACCCCUCCUCCUUCCCUACCGCCCCUCAGAGCCGGCCUGAAGGCGCCCCACAAGAUGGCGCCUCACCGCUUUAUGGCGCGCCCGGAGUAAAGAUGGCGGCGGCACCUUCUCCUGCUUCCGUGGUGCCGGCGGCUGUCCCGCCAUCAGUAACGAUGGCGACUUCCUGCGCGGUGUGGCUGGAGGAUCAGGUGGACCGGGUGCCCUGUCCCUACGACGCCCAUCACCGUGUGCCUCGGGCGUCGUUGGAGAGGCAUGCGGCGUCCUGCCGCCUCCGCAAGAUGGGCUAUUCCGCCGAGGAGCAGGCCGAGAUGUAUGACUCCCGCUUCUUCUAUGAGAACCUGAAGGUGCCCACCGUUGCAAUGGAUAAAGAUCUACAGUUUCACAUAGUUCAGCAAGCUAGAGCUCAGAGUGCCAAAGAAGGCAUAGGCUACACUGAAGGAUCUUAUUCAUCACUGCCUGUAGAAGUUCCUCAAAAUCACAAACGUUUCACCUGUGACCUGACUCAAGCUGACCGACUUGCUCUUUAUGACUAUGUUGUUGAGGAAACAAAGAAACAGAGGUCUAGGUCACAAAUCACAGAAAAUGACAGUGACCUCUUUGUGGAUUUAGCAGCCAAGAUUACUCAAGAUGACAGUCAGAAAGGUCCAAAGUCCCAUCUUGAGAUUCUGGCUGAAAUGCGAGACUACAAAAGGCGCCGGCAGUCAUACAGGGCUAAGAACGUUCAUAUAACGAAGAAGUCUUACACUGAGGUGAUUCGGGAUGUGAUUGGUGUACAUAUGGAGGAACUCAGCAACCACUGGCAGGAAGAGAAUAGGUUGGAUAAUGCAGAGAUGUGUGAAGGGGGAAAGUCAAAAUCUUCAGGAAGAAAGGAAGACAGGCGGUCAGCUUCGGUGGACUCGAGGCAGUCUGGAGGAAGCUCAAAGGACACUGAACGCACCAGACAUAGGAGAGAGAGCAGCAGGAGUCCAAGUAAAAGAAAAAGGAGUCGUGACAGAGGGAAAGACAGAGAUUCUCGGAGGAAAAGAGAAAGGGACGAAGACAAGUAUCACAGCCAUAAAAGAAGAAAGUAGAAACAAGAACAUAAUGAGUUUUUGUUCAAAGAAUUACUUGCACAGGAUGUACUGUUGUUACUGCUGUUAUAACAGAGACUGUAAUGCUGUGAACAUAAUGCUGGUGUUGCCUUACAGCUGUGUUCAGAGAGAAAAUCAGAUAAUGUUCAGGGGUUGGCAGGAUGGAAGCAGUGUAUGUCCUAAAAUGUACAAAUGUAUAAGACUUAUGUAUCUAUUAAUAAAUUAUAGUAAUUUCUUA